GAACAGCACAACGGUCUCGAAUGCGCAGCUUUCACGAAGCCGCGAUGUUUCUACAGAUGCGCUGCAUUUUCAGUGGUGAUGCUUGGGUGUGGCAUCUUCUAUAGCCUGAUGGUUCCCUUGAUCCGGCUGCUGUGGGUUAGCCAUCGUUUUCGCUUGGUCUUCAAACAGGUACUGGAUUUGCAGCUGAGAUGUGUUUGCCAAUGUGCUGCAAUCUUAGCAUCUUUCAUGCGUUUUGACAUCAGAUCCUAUGCUUUGGCUUUGUGGAAAGGGAUGCUCCGGUUUGUCCUUCUUUGCAUCCCCUUCUUUGCGCAGAUCUUUGUCACUAUUAGGUAUCUCCUUUUGGUGCGAAUCCUUCUUGCACAUGGGUUCCUGAUGUUUGCUUUUGUGGCUUUUACCGGCUUAUGCCCAUUUGCUAUGGUGGCAUUGCUUCAUCCAAUUGGUAGAUGCAAAUGGAAAUUGAAAUGCAGAAAAUGUGGACUGCGUCGAGUUUGCUGGAAGCACAGGCAGAAACGUAUUGGUCCUUCAGUUUGUACCUUGUCACGUCUGCGUCUCAAACUCAAUCAACGCAGACAGGGAUUGCGUGGUGGUGGCGGUGGGCUGGCUGAUGCCCUGCAGAAGCUGCUUGAAUCACAUCAGAACGCUGAAUGGGAAGAUCGCGGGGAAGUGUGGCUGAGGCGGAAGCUUGAGUCUUUACUUUCCAAAAAACAAUCCAACGGCACUUUGAUGACAGGUUUGAGAACCAUUUUGCAAAAGGCAGAGGCUUGGCAGACACAAGUUCAAGCCCCGGCAACCAAAGCUUCGCGGUGGAAAGCUUCCAAGUUCCGCUCUCAACCAUGGGAGCCCUCAAAACCUCCUCCUGAUCAAUGUCAGGGUCCCUCGACCACUGGCAAUGCAUGGCACAAGUCUCACAUCAACAAGAAACAAAGCAGUCGAUGGCAGAAGGAACACAGUGAGGAAUGGCAUCAGGUAAAAUGGCGCCCACGUCCUCAAGAGUUUGGCGACCCUGGCAAAGUUCGGAUAUUUUGUGAUGUGGUAGAUUUGUCUGAUCACCUUGACCUCAUGAACGACCAGAUGCUUGAUCACGGUGAUUCGCAUGUGGUGUUUCACGCUGACGACGAACAUGCUGCGCAAGAGAACACCACCACCAUCAAUCUGCGACAGCGCAUUGAGAAUUCGGUGGUUCUCAGAAUGAUUCUGGAUCGGAAAUAUUGCAGAUAUUGGAACACUUCCAAUGCCGGGGCAAAGGCACGUGCAUGGUGCCAUGCACAAUCAGCUAUGGCUCAGGAAAGCAUUCAAGACAUUUGGGGACUCAACCUCAUUGACAAGGCUUGUGUCAAGUGCAUGGUCCGAGUUGCAAACGCUGAAGUUGCAGAGACGCUGCUGCGCGCAAGGGGCACAGAACAUGCUGGCAGCAGGUGGUUCAUUGAGGGACUCACACCUGAUGUGACCCCAAUGGCUAUGCAGUGGAUACCCCGGAAUGGACAAGAGAAUUGGUUGGAGUACGGCGCUCGAUGUCGGAUAGAAGCAGAUCAGCAAGGGCUCAUACGGGGACGACAUCAGCUCGGCAUCAAGGAGGGCGUCAGCUAUGAUGUCGUCAUGCCGCGUGCAGUCAAGACGCGUCGCGUGCAAUCCAAUCCAAGAGCACUCCGUUGCGCAACCCGAAAACUCUUGGCAGAACAGCCGGCCGGCAGCGGCCCCAAGCAUUGCUGCAAAUGA